UAGCCGUUUAAAAAAAGGCCCUUUCUCCGCAGUUCAUUCGUACAGGCGGGUAAACGACACGGUAUUGCAGGAAUGGAGCAGCUUUGCAAACUGUUUGUUGGCGGGUUGAACGUCCAAACUACUAAUGAUGGACUCCGCGCUCAUUUUGAACAGUACGGGACACUAACCGACUGCGUUGUGGUCCAAAAUGAUCAACUACAGCGGUCCCGUUGUUUCGGAUUUGUAACCUACUCCACCGGGGAGGAGGCGGAUGCAGCAAUGGCCGCCAGGCCACAUGUUGUAGAAGGCAAAAACGUGGAGCUGAAGAGAGCCGUGGCUCGGGAAGAUGCCGGGAAGCCCGAAGCUCUCGCCAAAGUCAAGAAAAUCUUUGUUGGGGGCUUAAAGGAGGACAUCGAGGAGAAUCACCUCACCGAGUAUUUCUCACAGUUUGGCAUGAUCGAGAAAUCUGAAGUCAUCACAGACAAAGACACCGGCAAGAAGCGGGGAUUCGGCUUUGUUCACUUCGAGGAUAACGACUCGGCAGACAAAGCCGUUGUGCUCAAGUUUCACAAUAUCAACGGGCACAAAGUGGAGGUCAAGAAAGCGCUCACGAAGCAAGAGAUGCAGGCCGCCGGUGGAGCCCGGGGCGGCAGAGGGAGAGGAGGAGGAGGAAGAGGAAUGGGAAGAAAUCAAAAUGGCUUCGGUGGCGGGAGAGGAGGUUAUGGCGGCUAUGGGGGUGGCUACAGCGGAGGCAAUGAUGGCGGCUACGGCGGCGGCUAUGGAAGCGGAGGCUACGGAGGUGCUUACGGGGGCGGAUAUGGAGGAGGCUACGGUGAUCAGAUGGGCGGUUAUGGCGGUGGGAACGGUUACAGUGACUUUGGCAGCGGAUACGGCCAACAGUCGUCUGGCUACGGGCCCAUGAAGGGUGGCAGCGCGUACGGAGGCAGGGGUGGAGGAGCCCCUUACGCCCGAGGUGGUGGGGCCGCGUAUGGCAGAGGUGGCUACGGAGGCUACUGAUUUUCACCUGGUUUGGAAAAGACUCGGAAGCUGUCCCCUUGAGUCUUUCGAAAUGAUCAUAUUGGGCAGUAUGGCUCAUUCCCCCCGACCAUGCAGAGAUGGCGGACACUGUGAAAGCAUACCUUAAAGACCUCAAUUCUUAAACAGGUAGGAAGAAGACUUCUUCCCAGAAACCUGACUUGCUCGAUCAUCUUUAGUUGUAGGACAUGUUCGAUCAUAUAUAUCUCUCUCUUGUGUUACACGUUUAGGUCACGCGGAAAGUUGGCCUUGUAUGUUUUCUUUUCCUUAUAAAAAAUUCGUGCAAGUCUUGUUAACCUGUUCACAACCAAUUCGUUUUUAACUUCCAUUAUGUUCAACGCUGGCGAUUUGUCAAUAUGCAUUCUCCGUAAUCUGUUUUUUUUUAACUAAACUGCUGGGGAUUAACGCAUGCAGUUUGAGUUCGUUUUGGCCUCACGUGUUCGAUCUCUGCAAAACACACACCAGCCUUUUUCAAAAUAGAUGAUCAUGAUUAGGCCAUGUUUCACUCGUGGCAUUUCGUUUUGUAAACUAACGCUGAUGCACAGUGUCCUCCGCUGUAUGAGCUUCAUUAUUUCCUGUGUAUUGUAUAUUAUGUCUUCAAAUCAAACCAAUAUUGUUAAACAUUCAUAUGCAAUUGUAUGUUACUUUUUAAAUAAAAGUUUCACAACUUAA